GCGAGGGAAGAGGCUGCUGCGCGGGUCCCGGCGAGGUGCCGACGCGCGUGGACCGCGGCACCCCGGCUCUUGGCGCUCGCGGCCCUCCGCCAUGCCCUCCUACACGGUCACCGUGGCCACCGGCAGCCAGUGGUUCGCUGGCACCGACGACUACAUCUACCUCAGCCUCGUGGGCUCCGCGGGCUGCAGCGAGAAGCACCUGCUGGACAAGCCCUUCUACAACGACUUCGAGCGCGGCGCGGUGGAUUCUUACGACGUGACAGUGGAUGAAGAACUGGGUGACAUCCAGCUGGUCAAAAUCGAGAAGCGCAAGUACUGGCUCCAUGAUGACUGGUACCUGAAGUACAUCACGCUGAAGACGCCCUGCGGGGAUUACAUCGAGUUCCCUUGCUACCGCUGGAUCACCGGCGAGGGCGAGAUUGUCCUGAGAGAUGGACGCGCAAAGUUGGCCUGCGAUGACCAAAUUCACAUUCUCAAGCAGCACAGACGUAAAGAGCUGGAAACACGGCAAAAACAGUAUCGAUGGAUGGAGUGGAACCCUGGCUUCCCCUUGAGUAUUGAUGCCAAAUACCACAAGGAUCUACCCCGAGACAUCCAGUUUGAUAGUGAGAAGGGUGUGGACUUUGUUCUGAACUACUCCAAAGCGAUGGAGAACCUGUUCAUCAACCGCUUCAUGCACAUGUUCCAGUCUUCCUGGAGCGACUUCGCCGACUUCGAGAAAAUCUUCGUCAAGAUCAGCAACACUAUUUCGGAGCGAGUCAUGAAGCACUGGCAGGAAGACCUCAUGUUUGGCUACCAGUUCCUGAAUGGCUGCAACCCGGUGAUGAUCCAGCGCUGUACGAAGCUGCCUGAGAAGUUCCCUGUGACCACGGAGAUGGUGGAGUGCAGCCUGGAGAGGAACCUCACCUUGGAGCAGGAGAUCGAGCAGGGGAACAUUUUCAUCGUGGACUUUGAGCUGCUGGAUGGCAUCGAUGCCAACAAAACGGACCCCUGCACUCUGCAGUUCCUGGCAGCGCCCAUCUGCUUGCUGUACAAGAAUCUGGCCAACAAGAUUGUCCCCAUUGCCAUCCAGCUCAACCAAGUCCCGGGGGAUGAAAACCCGAUUUUUCUGCCUUCGGAUGCAAAAUAUGACUGGCUUUUGGCCAAAAUCUGGGUGCGCUCCAGUGACUUCCACGUCCACCAGACCAUCACCCACCUUCUGCGUACACAUCUGGUGUCUGAGGUUUUUGGCAUUGCCAUGUACCGCCAGCUGCCCGCUGUGCACCCCAUUUUCAAGCUGCUGGUGGCACACGUGCGGUUCACCAUCGCCAUCAACACCAAGGCCCGCGAGCAGCUCAUCUGCGAGUACGGCCUCUUCGACAAGGCCAACGCCACAGGGGGCGGUGGACACGUGCAGAUGGUGCAGAGGGCCAUGCAGGACCUGACCUACACCUCCCUGUGCUUCCCCGAGGCCAUCAAAGCUCGGGGAAUGGACAGCACAGAAGACAUUCCCUACUACUUCUACCGGGACGAUGGGCUCCUGGUGUGGGAGGCCAUCAAUACGUUCACGGCCGAGGUGGUAGGCAUCUACUACAAGAGUGACCAGGUGGUGGCAGAGGACCAGGAGCUGCAGGACUUUGUGAAUGAUGUUUAUGUGUAUGGCAUGCGGGGCAAGAAGACCUCAGGCUUCCCCAAGUCUAUCAAGACCAGAGAGAAGCUUUCAGAGUACCUGACAGUAGUGAUCUUCACAGCCUCCGCCCAGCAUGCAGCAGUGAACUUUGGCCAGUAUGACUGGUGCUCCUGGAUCCCCAAUGCCCCCCCAACCAUGCGGGCCCCACCACCAACAACCAAGGGCGUGGUCACCAUCGAGCAGAUAGUGGAUACGCUGCCAGACCGUGGCCGCUCCUGCUGGCAUCUGGGCGCAGUGUGGGCACUAAGCCAGUUCCAAGACAACGAGCUAUUCCUGGGCAUGUACCCAGAAGAGCAUUUCAUCGAGAAGCCUGUAAAAGAGGCCAUGGCCCGAUUCCGCAAGAACCUUGCUGCCAUCGUCAGCGUGAUUGCUGAGCGCAACAAGAAUAAGAAGCUGCCAUAUUACUACUUGUCCCCAGACCGGAUUCCCAAUAGCGUGGCCAUCUAAGUGGCCACCCGGGCCAGUCUCACUUGAAGACGGCCGACUACCCGCGACCGGGCUCAGCAGCCAGACUCCAGCCUGCCCAGGUGGGCAGGCACACCGGGCAGCCCUGGGGCAGAACUGCUGGCAGCCUGCUCUUCUGAGGCUGCCAGGAUUCCUGGCAAUUCCACCCUCAGGCCCCAGGCUGACUGGCUUCAAACCGAAGGCUGCCCAGGUUGGGCCACGUUCAGCCUAAGCUUUGGUGCAUUUUCCAGUUUGUUCCCUAGUUUUCAGUGAAUCCCACACUUUGAUCAAUGUGGAUACGCUGCAGGGACGCGUCCUACACAGAGCAGGACUGUGUAGCUUCCUGCCUACGCAUAGCUCAGUGCUUGCACGCCACUCAGCAACAGCAAGUCAGGACAACUGAUAGAUGUUCGUUCUUACUGGGAGACAUGGAAUGAUUAUUUUCUGUUCUAUUUAUGCUUGGUCCAAUUUCUUGCAUAUAAUAAGUAUCCAGAUGAAUCCUUGUUGAAUGAAUUAAGAAUUGGCUGUCAUUAAAAUAAAGGAAUUCAUUUAAAA